AUGGCUUCCCCUGAGCAUAAUCGCGUGCUGUGGUACGAGCAACCGGCAAAGGUAUGGACAGAGGCACUUCCAAUCGGCUCUGGCCGAUUAGGGGCGAUGAUUCAAGGCGGGUUGGAUAAGGACAGACUGUGGAUGAAUGAAGAUUCUGUCUGGUACGGUGGCCCGCAGAAUCGGGUAAACCCUUUGGCAAAAGCCAGCCUACCUGAAGUCCGCAGGCUCCUCGAUCUCAACCAAGUGCAGGAAGCCCAAGAACUACUCAAGAGAACCUUUACAGCCUUACCUGCUAGUCUCCGCCAUUACUCGCCGCUGGGCGAUGUCUUUCUGACUUUUGGGCAUGGCACUCCCAGCGACGACAAGAAGGAUUUCAGUGGAAUUCCGGACCAGACCAAGCGUUCAGUGAGACCUGCAGCCGAGAACUAUACCCGUCGUCUCGAUCUCACAACCGCCAUUGCAAGUGUGAAAUACAAAUUUGAGGGAGUCGAGUAUCUACGUCAAUACUUUGCAAGUACAGCGGACGAAGUCGUCGCUGUACGCAUUACCUCCAACCGUGCAGAUUCUCUCAAAUUUCAAGUGAGAGUCAAUCGGGGCAGCAAUGACAAUCCAAUGCUGGAGCGGAAUUGUUUAUUCGACAGUCUUGAGAAUAUUCCAGAUGGCCUCUUACUAAAAGCCAAUCUAGGAGGCCCGACAGCCGUUUGGGCAGCGAUGGGAGUCAAAGUCGUGAUCGAAGGCGGGAAAGGACGGUGUCUUCUCGGUGAGGAGCUCGAUGUCACAGGAGACUCGAUCCUGGUCCUCAUCGCGGGAGAGACGACAUUUAGAAACAAGGAUGCUGGGCAAGCUGUGAUUGACCGACUUGAAUCCGCAGCAAAAUAUUCGUGGCAAGAAUUACGAGACCGCCACGUGCAGCGCUACUCAUCACUCUAUUCAAGAGUCUCUCUUAAUAUCGGAGACGACAAUCCCAGGCUACGCGCAAUCCCCACGGACCAGAGACUAGCUCGAGUGAAAGGUGGCGAUGUUGACAACGACCUGGCGGCAUUGAUGUUUUCCUUUGGCCGGUAUCUACUCAUUUCCUCUUCACUAUCCGGCCUACCUGCGAACCUCCAAGGGAUAUGGAACUAUAACCACCAGCCAAUCUGGGGCUCCAAGUAUACAAUAAACAUCAACAUUCAGAUGAACUACUGGCUAGCCGAGGUUGCCAAUCUGUCAGAGUGCCAUCUGGUGCUCUUCGACCACAUUAAACGCAUGGCUGAACGAGGCAAGCAAGUAGCGCAGGACAUGUAUGGUUGCAGGGGAUUUGUUGCGCAUCACAACACAGACAUAUGGGGUGACUGUGCCCCUCAGGACCGAUAUGUGCCGGCCACAUACUGGGUGCUCGGGGGAGCUUGGUUCUGUACCCAUCUCUGGGAGCACUACCUGUACACUCACGACCAGGAGUUUUUGAAAUGGGCCUAUCCCCUGCUCCAGGAGGCGGCGUUGUUCUUCGAAGAUUUUCUCAUCGAGAGAAACGGUGUGCUCGUGGUAUCGCCCACGGUCUCUGCCGAAAACUCCUACAUCAUCCCAGGCACUCGGGAGAUUGGUGCAGUCUGUGUAGGUGCCACGUGGGAUGCUCAGAUCCUGUACGAGCUUUUCACCGGGUGUGCCGAAGCGAGCAGGAUCCUCGGGCAACCAGCGGAAAGAUACCUCCAAGUCCUGUCCAAGCUCCCUCAGCCCAAGAUUGGGAAACAUGGACAACUUCUCGAGUGGAUGGAGGAUGUGGAAGAGGUCGAGCCGGGCCAUCGGCAUAUCUCGCACGCCUUCGGUCUGUUUCCUGGGCGGAGUCUCCUGUCGGACGAGCAUAAAAAUGCCAUCAGAGUCACCUUGCAACGGCGGCUGGCCGGCGGAGGUGGACACACUGGCUGGAGCGCCGCAUGGAUCCUCGCACUUUAUGCUCGCUUGAGAGAGCCAGAGCCAGCACAGGCAAUCAUCCAGAAGUUCCUGCAACAUUCCACUCUCCCCAACCUCUUCGGAGAUCACCCGCCGUUCCAGAUCGACGGAAACUUUGGCAUUGCGGCAGGAAUUGCGGAGAUGUUGAUCCAGAGCCACGAAGAAGGCUACGUGGACCUCCUUCCUUGCUUGCCGCACGAGUGGCAGGACGCCGGAAGUGUGACCGGACUGUGUGCCAGAGGUGGAAUAGUGGUGGACAUUGAGUGGAAGAAGGGGAAACUGACCUCAGCCCGCUUCACUGGAAAGCGCAAGGUCCAGUGUGUCGCUCGAAUUGAUCCGAAGAGAUUAGAGGAUGGAUCAGGCCACGCCACUAUCCAGCUGGACGCAGGUGACAGCAAGACUCUCACAGGGUCGUGGCCAAAUUAA